AUGGGAUUGGGAGCUCCUAGGGCCAAACAGAGGUUUGGGUUGGAUCCCAGAAACACCAACUGGUCGAACGAUUUUUCGAGAUUUGGUCACAAGCACCUGGAAAAAUUUGGGUGGAAACCGGGUCAAGGGCUUGGAUUAACCAACAAUGCUACUACUUCUCAUAUCAAGGUGGUUAUCAAAAAGGACAAUGCCGGUUUGGGAGCGUCUCUGGCACGGCGAUCCAACAAAGAUGACGAUUUGGAUACUGGAGACAGCACUGGUCUUGAUGUUUUCCAGCGGCUCCUUGGUCGGUUGAACGGUAAGGAAGCCGAGACCAAUGCACAGAUGGACAAGUUGCAGCAGAACCGUAUCAUUAAUGGUCGCUGGGGCAUCAAUUUUGUUCCCGGAGACGUUCUCAGGAGUACCUGGGACAAGGAGGCAAAGAGCCUGAAAGGAAAGGAAGACGGCCAAAAGAAGGAGAAAAAAGAGAAAAAGGUGAAGAAAGAAAUGAAGGAGAAAAAAGAGAAAAAGGUGAAGAAGGAGAAGAAGAAAGAGAAGAAAGAGAAGAAAGAGAAGAAGGACAAAAAGGAAAAGAAGGAGAAGCACAAAGACAAGGAAUCGCGUAAACGUAAGGGCGAGGACCUCGACGGGGGAAGCAAGCGCACCAAAAAGUCCAAGUCGAAGAAAUUGACUGAAAAAGACGACUCGCUGGCCCCAAUUCGCGACAGAAGCGGCACCCCGCCAGUGACUUCGGGAAGAAUGGCCCUACGCCAGAAAUGGAUUAGACAGAAGCGCAUGGCUGUGGAGGACAGCAAGGCGCUGCAAGAAAUCUUCAUGAGUCCACCAAGGAAGAAAGUCGAGAACAAAGAAAGGAGACCUAACUGUGCGCUAGACAAAGGAGAUGCGUUGACUGCACCGGCAUUCUUGGAGCUGGAAGAGCUAGAGCUGGACGAGCUAGAAGAGCUGGAGCUGCUAGAACCAGAGCUGGAACCGGAAGAGCCGGAAGAUCCAGAAGAGUUAGAAGAGCCGGUGGCAGAUGGAGAAGCCGAGGCAGAGCUCAACAAAGAAGCACAGCUGGAUGCAGUAGAAACGUUGUCCUUCAAGGAAGCAGAGCCACUGAAGUCACAAGCAGAAGAGUUCUUGUCUUGCUCCUCUAGAGAUCUCAUCACAGUUGGUCAAAUCGCAGAUGGUUCCGAAGAAGUCACCGUAAUCAUCCUCGUCAACACUGCUGUCAAUGACACAGGACAAAGAAGACUCCAAACAUUCACAAACGUCAUCGUUAGGAGUUGGUGGCAGGUCGGUAGAUGCCUUCCAGUUGGUUUGACUGGUUGGGCAGCUAAGCUCGGUAGCAGAAGCAGAAGCAGCAGAAGCAGAAGCAGUGGUUGGAGAAGCACUAGCAAGCUCGGUCUUCAAGUUGUCGUAGUCGUCCAGAGUAGAAACACUGUUACCGUUGACGGAAACCAAACCGUAGUCGUUCUCCUCCUCGAAGUACAUGUACACGAUACCACCAGACCAGACAUCUGUCAUUUCAUCGGAGUACAAAGCCUGAACCUCGGUGAACUGUCUUGGUCUGUGAGCGUUACAACCGUACUCGGAGAAGAAGGCUGGGAUGGUGAGGUUGGAGAACUCCUUAGUUCUGUCCUCGUAACCCGAGCUGCUGAAACUAGAGUCACCACACCACUCGUACAUGUUGAUACCGUAGAAAUCAGCCUUGACGUCAUCGUCACCACAAGCGAAGAAGUCUGCGGAUGGGACUCUGGUCUUGGAGUCAUCAUUGGCGGAGUAACCAACAGGAAUGUCUCUGUAUCCACUGUCCUUCAUGUAUUGUUUCAUAUCUCUGAUGGCAGCUUUAACGAAUGGGGCAGCAUCGGUGUUGGAAGAGUUGGUGACCACCUCAUUACCGGCAAAGAAACCGAGGAUAUUGUCGUAUUGGUGGAACAUGUCAAUGACAGAGGUGUAUCUCUUGUACAGGUCCACGGUCCAGGAAGGACUGGUGGUCUGGAUGGACUCUUCCGGAGCGGAAAGAUCAGAGAUCACGUAAAUUCCGGCAUCCUCGAGCAGCUGCAUACAAGCAUCGUGGUCAGCAGAGGCGUUGACAGCAUAGACUCUGAUGACGUUGAUUCCGAGGUUCUCGAGGUUCUGCCACCAGCACUCUUUGAGGAAGAGGAUGUUGUGCUGGAGGACGAACCGCUUUCGGAAGAGCCGGUAGAUGUGGCUGUAGAGCCAGAUCCAGAGCCGGAAGCAUUAGAGAAGCUACCGGUAACAGAACCGGUUCCGUCGGUGCCUGCUGCACUCAAAAUAGAGGAGCAGCUGGAGGCGGUGGAGCCACUGACAAGGCUGGCAGAGCCGCUGAAGUCACAUGCGCUCGAGGACUUUCCUUCUUUCUCAUACCAUGGUGGAAACAGUGUUGUCAUCAACCACAGAAACAAGACCAUAAUCGUUCGUUUCUUGGUAGUACAUGUACACGAUACCACCAGACCAGACAUCGGUCAUCUCGUCGGAGUAAAGUGCUUGCACCUCGGUGAACUUUCUUGGUUGCUCGGCAUUACAACCGUACUCGGAGAAGAACACAGGAAUAGUGAGGUUGGAGAACUCUUUGGUUCUGUCCUCGUAACCAGAAGUCUGGAAAGUGGAGUCACCACACCAUUCGUACAUGUUGAUUCCAUAGAAGUCAGCACUCUCAUCAUCGUCACCACAGGAGAAAUAGUCAGCAGAAGCGACUCUGGUUUUGGAGUCAUCGUUAGCAGAGUAUCCGAUAGGAAUACUUCUGUAUCCGCUGCUCUUCAUGUACUUCUUCAUAUCUCUGAUAGCUGCCUUAACGAAUGGGGCAGCAUCGGUGUUGGAAGAGUUGGUGACCACCUCAUUACCAGCAAAGAAUCCGAGAACGUUGUCGUAUUGUUGCAUCAUAUCGACAACGGAGACGUAUCUGUCGUACAGUUCCUCAGACCAAGAUGGAUCAGUGGUGGAAAUAGACAAAGAUGGCUCGGCAAGGUCUGCAAUCACGUAGAUGCCAGCGUCCUGCAACAAAGACAUACAGUCGGAAUGGUCUUCCUCAGCGUUCAAAGCAUAAACUCUGAUCACGUUGGUGUUCAACUCUUUCAAGUAAGGGAUAUCUCUCUCGCAAGUGGUCUUGUCAACCAACGGAUCAACGAAGGUUGCGUUCGUCGAGCCAGAGGUGUCGCUUUGAUAAGCGACUCCUCUAAUAUAAAACUGAGAUCCGUUGUUCGAAUAGAAGAACUUGUUUCCAACAACUUCGAUAGUUGGGAAACUCGAAUCGGCCUUCGCGACAGCAGCCACAAGGCCACUCAAAAUACCAAUAUUACUCCAAGAAACCAUCCUUAA